AAAGAAUAAAACAAAACAUAGCAAUAGAACCAUCCACCACAUGGAAGUAGAAGUUAGUUGAUACAUGUAACAACAACAAGAUACACUUUCCAUUUCCAUUCAAAAGUUUCACUUUCAGACAUAAACCUAGGACUUUCGAUUUCCCUUUUGUCUCACAAAAUUUCUGAGUAAACAAGGUUGUCCAAAACACCAAUUUUCAUUAAUUUUUCUUCAAAACUUCAAGAUUUGGUAGCCAUGGCUACAAUUGUAGCUAUGGUAUCUUGUUCAACUACAAAUCAACAACCUUUUUCUUCAUGGACUCGUGGUUCAAUUCCCAUUUCAAAUCUCACCUCAUCACUCUCUUUCAAAUCAAGAUUAACCUCAUUGAAUCCACAAUUUCGUGCUGCUUUGGUUGAAGCAAAACCAGCUCCUUUAUCAACACAACCUAAAGAUGAUUCCCUCAAGGCUCUUGCUCUUCCAGUUGAUCGUGCUGAUGAUAUUCAAGCUGAGACAAAAGCUUUGGCUCGUGCUGUUAAUGCUUCUGUUUAUAGUCCCCAACUUGUUGCCUCAAGAUAUGGUUCUAAACCCUUCAAGGUUUUGGGAAGGGCAUUUAAGAUUGUGUCUAAUUUAGGUUCAUUUUGGUUGAAGCUGUUAUGGGAGCAAAGAAAUGGAGUUGCUGAUAAGAAUAAAAGGAUUCGCGCUAUUGAGCUUAGGACUAUAUUUACUAAGCUUGGACCAACUUUUGUCAAAUUAGGUCAAGGGUUGUCUACUAGGCCUGAUAUUUGUCCACCUGAGUAUCUCGAGGAGCUUUCGGAACUUCAAGAUGGUUUACCAACAUUUCCUGAUGAGGAUGCCUUUGAAUGCAUUGAGAGGGAAUUAGGUUUACCUAUUGACUCUAUUUUCUCCUCAAUAUCUUCAUCGCCGAUAGCUGCUGCUAGUUUAGGCCAGGUUUAUAAAGCUCAGUUGAAGAAAUCAGGCAAAGUUGUUGCGGUCAAGGUGCAACGCCCUGGCAUUGAAGAAGCUAUAGGAUUGGACUUCUACCUCAUUAGAGGUUUAGGGUUUCUAGUAAAUAAAUAUGUGGAUCGAUUCACAACCGAUGCUGUUGCACUUAUUGAUGAGUUUGCAUUUAGAGUCUUUCAAGAGCUCAACUAUGUGCAGGAGGGACAAAAUGCAAGGAGGUUCAAAAAAUUGUAUGCCGACAAGGAAGAUAUCUUAGUUCCUGAUGUUUUCUGGGACUAUACAAGUGCGAAGGUGCUAACAAUUGAAUGGGUUGACGGAGUAAAACUUAACGAGCAAGAAGCAAUUGAGAGGCAAGGACUAAACGUCUUGGAUCUUGUAAACGCCGGUAUACAAUGUAGUCUCAGACAACUGCUUGAGUACGGAUAUUUCCAUGCAGAUCCUCAUCCUGGUAAUCUUUUGGCGACACCCGAGGGAAAACUUGCUUUUCUUGAUUUUGGAAUGAUGAGCGAGACUCCAGAAGAAGCAAGAUUUGCAAUUAUUGGUCACGUUGUUCACUUGGUUAACCGAGACUAUGAAGCUAUGGCUCAAGACUACUAUGCUCUUGAUUUCUUAUCUAGGGAUGUUGAUGUAUCUCCAAUUGUACCCGCGCUUCGAAAUUUUUUCGAUGAUGCACUUAAUUAUACUGUCAGCGAGCUUAACUUCAGGACAAUUGUGGAUGGUCUUGGAAAUGUUUUGUAUGAAUAUCCAUUUAAUGUUCCAGCAUACUAUGCAUUGAUAUUAAGGUCUCUCACUGUUUUAGAAGGCUUAGCACUAUAUGCUGAUCCAAAUUUUAAGGUGCUUGCUGCAUCGUAUCCCUACUUCGCUAAAAGGCUCUUAACGGAUCCAAAUCCAUAUCUAAGAGAUGCUCUUAUCGAGUUGCUUUUCAAGGAUGGGAAGUUCAGGUGGAAUAGGCUUGAAAACCUUCUAGUUCAAGGGAAAAAAGAUAGAGAUUUCUCUGCUAAAGAGGCUUUACAACCUGUCCUAAAGGUAUUGUUGAGUCCUGAUGGUGAAGUUUUGAGGAAUCUAGUUAUCAAAGAAGCUAUUCGUGUAACUGAAGCUUUUACUCUUGGCACAAUUUCCGAAACAUACCGGUAUGUUCCCGACUUUUUGAGGUCUCUUGUCUUCAAUGGCAUUGCAAAGGAUCCGCUUAUGAUGUCAGAAACCGAAAUGCAAAACAUGGUAGAGCUUAGAGAUCAAGUGAUUAGGAUAUGGAGAAAUCUGCAAUCCUCUAAUGAUUUUGAUCCAUCAAUUUUGCUACCAAUACUUCAGGUCCUUCAGCAACCUGAAGCUCGUAGACUUGGGGGGCGUGUUGUAGGUGGUGUUACUCAACGACUCGGAGCACGCCUUAUUAUGCAACUACUUGGAGCAUCAACAACAGCUUCUAAGUAGAUUGUGUUACAGCAAUGGCUAGAAAAGGCAUGCAUAUUUCUAUGGAAUUUGAAUUGCUUUUAUGAUACUCAAGGUUAUUGUGGUCGGGGAUGAUAGGAGUUACUUAUAAGAGGAAACAAAGUAAGCUGUAAUUCUUGAAAUAUUGUUGUAUUUUUUUUUAGUCUUGGAUGCUGCAUUUUAGACGAAAAACCUGUAUAUAUAUGAUAUCGUUUCGUCGUCAUUAUUGAUUAUGUGUCAUCACAAUAAGCAUCAAGAGAUCACAAUGUAACAAUGGCAAUUGGUCAAUAAUUUCCCUUGCACA